CGCGCACGCCAAGUCGGCGGAAACUUGUGGCCACCGCAGCAGCAGAUAGCCUCCCUUCCCCCUCCCACCUUCUCUUCCAGCGGCCACACCAGCGCCCCAAUGGCUUCCCCCCUCGCCGUCUUCCACCCCGCCUCCGCCACCGCCGCCGCCGCCGCUCGCCGUCACCACCCCCCGCGCCCGCCGCACCUGCACCUCCACCUCCCGCUCCACCACCAGCCUUCGUCGCCCCGCCGCAGGUUCGCUGCCGAGUUCGCGGUCGGCGGUGCUGACGGUGGCACCGGCGGCGGCGGCGGGAGGAGGGCGAGGGGAGGCGGUGACGUCGAUGUCGCCGCGGUCGGCGCGGCGCUGCGGGACGCCAGGACGGCCGACGAAGUGGAGACCCUGGUGAAGGGCUUCCUGGACGACGGUGGCGGCGGCGAGGAGCACCUGCCGCUCCAGGUGUAUACCUCGGUGAUCCGGGGGCUGGGCAAGGAGAGGCGCCUCGACGCCGCGUUCGCCGUCGUGGAGCACCUCAAGAGGGGAAGCGGGAGUGGCGGCGGCGGCGGCGGCGUCAACCAGUUCGUCUACAACUGCCUGCUGGGCGCGGUCAAGAACAGUGGGGAAUUUGGGAGGAUCCACGAUGUGCUUGCAGACAUGGAGGCACAGGGGGUUCCCCCAAACAUUGUGACAUUCAACACUCUGAUGUCAAUCUAUGUCGAACAAGGCAAGAUUGAUGAGGUCUUCAGGGUGUUUGACACCAUCGAGGGCAGUGGCCUGGUGCCCACCGCGGCGACAUACUCGACAGUGAUGUCGGCCUACAAGAAGGCUGGCGAUGCAUUCGCGGCACUCAAGUUCAUCACCAAGCUAAGGGAGAUGUACAACAAGGGUGAAUUGGCGGUGAAUCAUGAAGAUUGGGACCGAGAAUUUGUCAAGUUUGAGAAGCUGACUGUCCGUGUCUGCUAUAUGGCGAUGCGGCGGUCUCUUGUGGGUGGUGAGAAUCCAGUAGGUGAGGUGCUGAAAGUUCUUCUUGGCAUGGAUGAAGCUGGGGUGAAGCCAGACAGGAGAGAUUACGAGCGGCUUGUGUGGGCAUGUACAGGUGAGGAGCAUUACACCAUUGCCAAGGAGCUGUACCAAAGGAUCCGUGAGCGUGGUGAUGGCGUGAUCAGCUUAUCUGUGUGCAAUCAUCUGAUUUGGCUGAUGGGCAAGGCUAAGAAGUGGUGGGCAGCUCUUGAGAUUUAUGAGGAUUUGUUGGACAAAGGCCCCAAACCGAAUAACUUGUCGUAUGAGCUCAUCAUGUCACAUUUCAAUAUUCUACUCAAUGCUGCAAAGAGAAGGGGCAUUUGGAGGUGGGGUGUAAGGCUGCUUGAUAAGAUGCAACAGAAGGGCUUGAAGCCUGGAAGCAGAGAGUGGAAUGCCGUCCUUCUUGCGUGUUCUAGAGCAGCUGAAACAUCUGCUGCAGUGGAUAUAUUUAAGAGAAUGAUAGAUCAAGGGUUGACACCGGAUGUAGUUUCUUACGGAGCGCUGCUGAGUGCGCUUGAGAAGGGAAAGCUGUAUGAUGAGGCACUCCGAGUUUGGGAACACAUGUGCAAGGUAGGCGUUAAGCCGAACCUACAUGCAUAUACAAUCUUAGUAUCAAUUUACAUUGGCAAGGGGAACCAUGCUAUGGUAGAUUCUGUUCUUCGUGGUAUGCUGUCAGCAAAGAUAGAACCAACUGUUGUUACGUUCAAUGCGAUAAUCAGCGCAUGCGUGAGAAACAAUAAGGGUGGCUCUGCUUUUGAAUGGUUCCAUAGGAUGAAAGUGCAGAACAUUGAGCCAAAUGAAAUUACAUAUCAGAUGUUGAUUGAAGCUCUUGUACAAGAUGGUAAACCCAGGCUUGCCUAUGAGAUGUACAUGAGGGCUUGCAACCAAGGGCUUGAGCUUCCUGCAAAAUCAUACGACACUGUAAUGGAGGCAUGCCAAGAUUAUGGUUCCCUCAUAGAUCUAAAUUCUUUGGGUCCUCGGCCUGUUAAGAAAGUGGAACCCAUCAGGAUAGAGAACAAGUUUUCGAGUAGUUAUUAUGUUGGGGAUCUUCCCAGCAGCACAAAACAUUUUGGUAGCACUGGAACAUCUAGUUUAUAUAGAUACAGAACGGAAAGGUGGAUCAUGUAGCAUUCGGCCCCCUCUUUUUUCUGAACACUUCAAACUCACUCCAAGUCUCCAACAUUGAGAACACACUGAUAUUUGUUUGUAAGUUGCCUAACUUGUAAUUUGUAAACAUUCAAUCAUUAUACAGUAGUGAAUUUGUUAUUUGCUUUAUACGGAGUAGAAAGUAGAAGGAGAUUGCCUCAUGGACUUAGAAUUGUUUUUCCCAUUUUGCUUAUUUGAAAUGCCUCCAAUUGUUUGCAUUAAUCUCCUUCAAAUAUACCCACUUUGCAUAUGAAUAAUGUUCAAUUUUGUAUUUGAUUAUAAA